AUGUACACCCUCUCUUUCGACCCACAAAAGCUGAUAGCCGAGUGUGUGGACACAAUCCGAGCGGUCACCGACGCUCCAUUGGUCAAUUGUGAUAUUGCACUCCAAUCGGUGCUACAGAUACUAAAGCCGCAUCUUGGAUCAUCUGAAACAUUUACAACACUCGAAAAAUGCUCCCAAAACUACCAAGUCGACAUUGCGACUUGUCAUGAUCGGAGGGUUCUGGAGGAGAGUGCGGCGGCACUUUUUGAUAGUUUUCAGGAGAAACAGGAGCUAAGCUACACCGCCGAACAAGACGAUGAGACCAUCUGCACUCAGUUAGUGGUGUUUUGUGAUAUUGUGAAAAAAACGGACCGUCGUAUUCCGUUAGCCGUGAUCUCCGCGAAUCAUUGGGAUUGGUUAAAUCAGUUAUUGAUUGUCUUGCAGACGGACCAAAACGACACUGUCCGAGAGCACCUCCUGACCACUUUGCAAGUGCUCAUGGAGCAAUGUGGAGAACCAGUGAAAAGGACACUUCUGGACACCCAAUUAGCGAUUUCUUUGGUCCCGCUGACUCAAAAAUCAAAUGGAAUUCAAAUUCCCGCGCUGAAAAUUCUGGCGUUGAUGUAUUCAGUGGAGGGAGAUGUGGAUCAGGUGGCGGUGCCGUUGGAGCAGAUGGACCACUUGAACACUGAAUAUUUCCGUCGUCUCUACCACCACAUCAACGACUAUCACAAAACGGACGUCCUAGAACUAUGCACAAAUUUCGGCGGCCUUCUGGAGAACCAACAAGACUCCGCCCCUUUUUCACUGUUCGAACCGAUGAGAGAUGAUCCGUAUUCGUGUUCGGAAUUCGGGAUAGUGUUGAUUCAAGAAAUGAAUCGGAAGUGUACAGUCCGCCGUCUCAAAUUUCUGCACCACGUGAUUGAGCUCGGCGAAGCCGUGCUCACCAAAAUGUUCUACGAAAACGAUUUGAAAGUUUUGGCUCAUGUGCUCGCCAGGGAAUCGAUAAAUCAUGAUGAGAAACCGGUCAGAAGAUUGUGUCUGGCUUCUCUGCGUCUCUUGUUAUCGACGGAAACCGUGAAAUCGGAUGAAGACAUUGAAUACGCAUUGGAUAACUUUGAUGAGGCUUGA